AUGAUCCCUCCCAGCCAGGGUCAAGAUGGUGUGAGGUGGCUGGGAGGGUUUCCAGACACCCCCCCCCCGCCCCACCCCGUCCCAUCCCCAGAAAGGGGGUGGUGGGGUGAAUUUACCUGGCCCAGCCCCGCCUCCCUCAAUCAACCCAGCCCUUGGGCCGUCUGUGUCAGUGGUUUCCGGUCUUUUUUUUUUUUCUCCUGGCUAAAAUAUUUUGCAGAGGACCAGGUAAUUGGGGAGAGAAGAGGGGCGGGGGCAGCAGGGGAUACUACCCCCUCAUCUCCUCCAAGGCAAGUGGUGUGA